UGUGACGGAAUUUUUUUUGUUUUGCUAUAAAAAAGUUACAGCCCUAACGAAAGAGUUCAAUACUUGCGUCACUGAUUAAAUGUUACAAGGGAAUCAAGUUUUUCAUUAUUCCGUGAAGUUACUAAUUUUUUUCGUUGAAACUGUUAUCUUAACGGCAUCCAAUACUUACCUAUCAAAAUAUCCUGUAGUGAAAAAUUUUUACAAAGAAAGAGGAAAUUAAAAAAAAACAUUGCGAUAUUACAUUACAAACCAGUAACAUUAUUUGAGAAAAAAAAACUAGUGCAAAACCAUCGUUUUUUUAGCGUAAAUCGUUCACGUAUCAGAUAGGUUAUAAUGAUUGCCAGUAAAUUUUUCUAAGCAUCAAUAAGUGAACUGUCGUACAGAGAGGCUCGAUUUCCCAAGCGCCCUAUACAGUAGCAAGUGAUUUACUUCGACGAACCUGCAUCCCAUCUGAUUACAUAGUCUAUUCAUGGCACACGAACAUAAAAUUUAUUUAAGCCGAUUAUGUAUACCUACACUUAAAAUAUAUAUUUAAAACUAAGGAUACAGAGAAACAAGUAAGCAUUUCCAUGAAGUGAAGAUUAUUUGAAUACACCUGCUUGAGUAAUAUGUAUAUUACAACCUUAAAUGGUUUCAAAAAAAAAUGCCGGUCGAACGAAUCAGCAUUGUGAGAUAGGUACCGUCCAAAUAGGCGAGAGGAAAAAGGGGGCACCAACCAUUUUAUGACCGCAAUAACCCUGCUUAACCUCUUGUUUGUAUAUAUAUAUAUGAACUACAUAAACUCUGGAACUUUCUAUCUGUAGCCUGAUGAAGCAAUGACAGGCACUAACACGAGCGCUGUUUGUACCCCUUUGUAUGAGCACCUCUAACACUAGCCUACGAGCAAUACUGAUAAAUGUUAUCACAAAAAUGAGAAAAAAAAUUACGUAGAUUCAAUUACACCUUUUUUGUACAAUAUUAUUACUUUUUCGACCCUUGCUUAUAGGUAUAGGCUAAUUAAGGACAAACGAUGGCUUAUCUUAUAACGGCUAUAUUAACUCGUAGCAGAGUAUUACACAACGCUUUCAGUACUUGUUCGUGCCAGACCUGUAGCUCUCAGUCUUACGAAAAUGUCGAGAAACUGGACCGCCCUUAGUAAGAUAUGGAAAAGAUGUACCCUGAAGAAAGCGGAUGGUACCACUUUAAACGUAUGUUUCGUUCAGUUACCAACAAACCGAUCUGAUGAAGUAGUUGAUUUUCAAAUGUCACAAUUUGUACCGAGAGAAAUAACUCACAUUAUGUCAGGUUUGCCAUACAACAAAGAGGCAAUGAUGGAAUACAGAGAUGUAUUAAGACAGAAACAUUCGGACCCAUUAAAUUUCUCUAUGGUUUGCUGCAUAGAGAAGGACAAUAAGAUUCUACCAAAUUUCAUAGCCAGUGACUCGAUGAAGCUGAUAAAACGAGGUGAUCCAUGCAAAGACGAAACUCCACCAAACUUAAAAACAAAAGAGGCAAAUGAUUAUUUCAGAAUUGUUCGUGAUUGGAACAAUUUAUGUCCGAUCCCCUAUGUUAUGGAGAAGUUUGACUUAGAAACGUUCUACGACGACCGCGGUAUUGUGGUCCAUCAAGAGUACGCCGGCUACAACAUUGCAUACCACUUAUCGCUUUUAAGACGUGUCGUUUGCCAAUCUCAAGGCGUACCAAUGACAGGAGCGUGGUUGGCUGCUAUUGGUUCUGAGAAAGCGGCCUUACGAACCGGCUGGCAAUUGGUGUAUGAAGUAAGCCGAGAAGACCUGGAAAAAGUGGUGAAAGUCCCGAUGGAUAAAAGUAUACCUUCAUUCAAAUUCUGCGUUCUUGAUUGCACUAAAAACUCGGAGAUUCUUAAAGCAUCAAAAUCUUAAUAAAUAUUGUUUUGAAGUUGA